UCUUUUAUUUUUCAAUUAAGAACACCGAUAAUACCGUGCUGACUCCGCGACAUCAUCGAAAACAUUAUUCGACCGGAUCCUUCGGCAGGAUACUCCGAAAAUGGACUGGCAACAGUUUUGUUUCUUUUUCCUGUCCUGCAUAAUCCUAAACGCAACCGCAGAGUCGUAUUAUAGCAUAGUAGCUCCAAAAAUAGUGAGACCAGAUUCAGAGUACCACGUAACCGUGAGUACAAACGGUGUGUCCACACCGUCGAAUAUUUAUGUUGAACUGAAUGCUACAUUCGAUAAUGGGGAGAAGUUCAAUUUGUCUCAAAUAGCGUUGGUUCAACCAUACUCAACGAGAAUUUUAAAAUUCGAGGUCGGAGAUAUUUUACCUGGGACAUACCACUUGACUGCGCGUGGUUUGUCAGGUAUACAAUUUUCAGACUCAAAGCCAGUAAACUAUGUCCUGAAAAGUUAUUCAGUUUUCAUACAAACUGACCGAGCUAUUUAUAAGCCGGGGAACAAGGUGAUGUUCAGAUGCAUCUUAUUGAAUUCCAGACUGAGACCUACUCUUGAAAGAUUAGUGUAUAUUCACAUUACGGAUGGGAACGAGAACAGAAUUAAACAAUGGAUCCGACCGCCCGUGACUCAUGGAAUCUUUAACGGUGAAAUAGAACUGUCCGAGUUUCCAGUUCUAGGUAUGUGGAAGAUCACGGCUAACGUCGGAGAUCAGAUAUUCGAGAAAGAAUUCGAAGUGGCUGAGUACAUUUUGCCUAACUUCGAAGUGACCAUCGAUGCUCCGAAGCAUUUCACUUUUAAGGACUCUAAAGUAACCGCGACUAUUAAUGCCAAGUAUACUUAUGGUAAGCCGGUGAAAGGAGAGGCGACGGUCACGGCUUACCCAGACAUUUUCUCUGAUGUUAUACAACCGAUAUACCAGCAGCCCGUGCGAAAAGUGAUUCCCAUCGACGGGAAGGCGAUCGUCGAUUUCGAUAUUCACGACGAAUUAGGACUGACCGAUGAAUACGAGAGACCAGUCAUGAUCGACGUUACGGUCGAAGAAUCUUUAACUGGUAGAAGACAAAAUACUUCAAUGCACGUCACGUUGCAUAAGCAUAGGUACACGAUGGAGCUGAUAAAAACGUCGGAAUACUAUAAACCCGGGCUGAAGUACACAGCGUUUAUAAAAGUAACGUAUCACGAUGGAACACCGGUUCGAGAUGACAAGAAUCCAGUCAUGAUAAAGUACGGAUAUGCCUACGUCUUUGAGAAUCAGUCUAUGUAUACGAACAUCAGCAGGAUGCUCGAUCAGAAUGGGAUGGUGAAAUUAGAUUUGUAUCCGCCGAAAACGAACGACAGUGCGUCGUAUCCUUUGAACAUCGAGGCUCAGUAUUUAAAUCUCUAUGAAUGGUUUGCGUCGACGAAUCAAGCAAUUUCCCAGAACAACGAAUACAUACAAGCUAUAUUAAAAACAGAGAGCCCUAUGGUAAAUCGUGACGUAGAGAUUGAAGUGAAUUCGACGACUCCAUUGAAAUACAUUAAUUAUGAGAUAUUUGGUCGUGGGGAUAUAUUAGAUGCUGGCUCUAUAUACGUGCAGAACAAGCACACUGCCAGUUUCAAAUUUUUAGCGACGUACGUUAUGGCUCCUACUGCACACGUGAUCGUGUAUUAUGUAGGGGACGAUGGUGAGAUCAUCGCAGAUGCUUUAGACGUAGAACUCGAAGGAGUACUUCAAAACUUCGUCGAUAUUAAACUGACGCCUGAAGAAGUGGCACCCGGAGAGAACGUGAAUUUACUGAUUACCUCGAAACCAAAUUCCUAUGUUGGAUUACUAGGCGUAGAUCAGAGAUCUAUACUAUUGAAAUCUGGCAACGACAUUUCAUACGAACAAGUAUAUAACGAAUUAAAGUCGUAUGACAACGUGCAAGAUUCGCCUUAUGCAAAUUCUAUUUUCGAUCGGUAUUUAUGGAGCCCUGGUUCAGCCACAGCAAACGACGUUUUCAGGGAGAGCGGUGCUAUCAUAAUGACGAACGGAUAUGUUCAUGAGAACUUCCCGAUUCAAAAACCGGGAAUACUGGAGGGUAGAAUAACAGGCUCACCUCAUGGGGCAUCCACACUUCGACCAGACCUUGGUCCGCCCGUUACGCACAAAAUAGCAACAAGACCACCAUUGGCAGGUCCUUAUGCCUUCUCUCGCAUCCCACCUCCCGUUUGGAAUAAGCCCCGUGUAUUUCUAAUGCAUGACAUCUUAAGCACCUGGCUUUUUACAAACUUCUCUUCAGGGUACGAGGGGAAGAAUGAACUGAAGAGGAAUGUACCCGAUUCGAUCACAUCGUGGGUACUUACUGCAUUUUCUGUGAACGAUGUUCACGGAUUCGGUCUCAUACAGGAGCCAAGAAAGUUGAAAGUUUUUCGACCGUUCUUUAUCUCUAUGGAUCUCCCUUAUUCUGUGAUACGAGGAGAAAUCGUCGCGAUACAAAUUGUAGUAUUUAACUACAUGAACAAGAACGUUAUGGCUGAGGUUUUAUUAACGAACGAGGGCAAAUUCGACUUCGCGGAAAUGUCUAAUGAAGUUCACGAUGCGCCGAAAUUGGAACUGUAUCGGAAAAAGAAGAUAGAAGUGAAAGCUAAUUCCGGGAGCAGCGUAUCCUUCAUGAUUGUACCAAGAGAACUGGGAUACAUUACGAUUAAAGCCACUGCGAAUAGCAUAUUAGCUGGUGACAGCGUCGAAAGCAAGCUGCUGGUCAAGGCCGAAGGAGACACGCAAUACAUAAACAGAGCUAUGUUCUUGGAUCUCAGAAGCACGAGGAGCACAUCGACCAAUAUCACAAUUGAUAUACCUAAGAACGCUGUACCAGGUUCAGAGCAUAUUGAAAUCUCUGCAGUAGGCGAUAUUUUGGGCCCAAGCAUUUUGAACAUAGCCAAUUUGAUUAAAAUGCCAUCGGGUUGCGGAGAACAGAAUAUGUUGAACUUCGUUCCAAAUAUAAUGAUAUUAAAUUAUCUCAAGAACACGAAUCAAUUGACGCAAGCGAUACAAGGGAAAGCUCUUCGAUACAUGGAGAUAGGAUAUCAAAGGGAGUUAACGUAUAGACACGACGAUGGAUCCUUCAGUGCAUUCGGCAAGUCGGACAGCAACGGAUGCACGUGGCUGACUGCCUUCGUGGCGAAAGCCUUUAAACAAGCUGCCGCGUACAUUGCAAUUGAAGACAGGAUAAUAGACGAAGCUCUGCAAUGGUUGUCUAACAAUCAAGCUCCAAACGGAAGCUUCCCUGAAGUGGGAAGGGUCAGUCAUCGGGACAUGCAAGGAGGAGCAGCAAAAGGACUUGCACUCACGGCAUUCACUCUGAUCGCUUUUCUGGAAAAUGCAGAUUCUAGCGAGAAGUACAGAAACACGAUAAACAAAGGAAUCGAUUACAUCGUCCGUAAUAUGAACGAUCUGGAUGAUGUCUAUGCUCUGAGCAUAUGCACAUACGCCUUGAAUCUGGCGAAACAUCCGUACGAGAGUACUGCAUUUAAUUUACUAGAAGCUAAAGCCAUGACGAAGGGAGAUAUUAAAUGGUGGAGUAAGCCUAUACCAGCGGACGAUAAAAAUCCGUGGUACCAUUCUGUGCCCCGGCCCGUCGACGUCGAAAUGACGUCCUACGCUUUGUUGACUUAUCUAAGACGUAAUCUGGUGACCGACUCUUUACCGGUAAUGAAAUGGCUCGUGAAACAGCGAAAUGCCGAAGGAGGAUUUGCUUCCACGCAGGACACGGUGAUUGGAAUACAAGCUUUAGCGAAUUUAGGUGAAAAGCUGGCAAUAAAAAAUAACGCCGUUUCGAUAACGUUCAUGUACGAAGGAGGAGGACAGACUCAAAUGAACAUAAAUCCCGAUAAUUCAAUGAUACUCCAAAAACAAAUGUUACCAAGGAAAGCGCGUUUAGUUAAUAUAACAGCUACCGGGAACGGGUUCGCUUUGGUCCAAGUCUCGUUCCAAUACAAUUUAAAUGUAACCGGAGCGUGGCCGCUCUUCACGUUGGACCCUCAAGUAGAUAAAAAUUCAAACGCGAAUCACUUGCAGCUUUCGAUUUGCUCUGGAUUUGUUCCAACCAAAGAAGCAAAUCAGAGUAAUAUGGUAGUAAUGGAGGUCAGCUUGCCAUCAGGUUUCACAGUAGAUAGGGAAUCGUUACCUAGUCUCGAAGUAUCGCAAAACGUGAAACGAGUAGAGACUAAAAACGGGGACACAGUGGUGGUGUUAUAUUUCGAUGAGAUGAACAGACAAGAAUACUGCCCUACGGUCUCUGCGUACAGAACGCACAAAGUGGCGAAACAAAAACCAGUACCAGUUACCAUAUACGAUUACUAUGAUUCGUCAAGGAGAGCGAGAGUGUUUUACGAGCCACGGAAAGCCACACUGUGCGACAUAUGCGAAGACGAGGAUUGCGAAAAUCUAUGCGUCUCGCAGCCCGACAAACAGAAAGAUCUUCAACAAUCUGCUGCCUCGUAUUCGUCGACUUCCGUCUACGUACAAACCUUAUUUACUUUAUUUUACAUUAUAUACGUCGGAUUCUUGUAACCGCAGAUCGUUCCGCGAAUUCUUAUGUAAACUAUUACCCGUAUAAAGUACAAUGAUAAAAGUUUUGUAUAAAAAGAGAUAACUUGCAACCAAAGUGUAUCGCGCGCAAGGAUCACGUACUAUUUUCAUACGGAGUCAAUCUAGUUGAGCGAUUGUUAAACUUCGACUAAUAUUCAACUGUUUCAUACGUCGACAAUAAUUAUUGAAACUUAUUAAUUGUUAUGUUAAGCAACUUUACUAAAUAGGACAGAAAACUUGUCGAAUUAUUAAAUCGGUUCAUCGUAUUCUUGUGUAUGCACCGACAUCUUUUAUGUUAUAACAAAUAUACCUUCUUGUUAUUGAUAGCA